AUGGGGGUUGACACUGAAUUAGUAAAAACACAUGUUCGCCCUAGGUGCUUUAUGGAUGUAGCUGUUGAUAACAUUAUUUUGGGUCGUAUCGUGUUUGAACUGUUUGAUGACUUUUGCCCACUGACUUGUGAAAAUUUCCGAGCAUUGUGUACAGGUGAAAAAGGCAUGGGUAAAACUACUGGUAAACCUUUGCAUUUCCAAGGCGUAAUUUUUCAUCGCGUUGUAAAAUCAUUCAUGGUACAAUGUGGAGAUUUUUCAACUGGAAAUGGUACAGGUGGUGAAUCUAUAUUUGGAGGAACUUUUCCAGAUGAAAACUUUGAUUUGAAACAUGAUCAACCUUUUUUACUUUCAAUGGCUAAUCGAGGACCAGAUACAAAUGGUUCUCAAUUUUUUAUAACAACACAACCAACUCCUCACCUAGAUGGUAUACACGUGGUAUUUGGAAGAGUGGUUUCUGGUCAGCCGGUUGUUAUGCAGAUUGAAGAACUUGGAGUUGACAAAAAUUCACGUCCACUUCAGGAUGCAAAGGUGGUGAAAUGUGGAGAGCUUAUUUUGAAGUCUAAAAUAAAACAAUCCGAGAAAAGUGCAUCUGAUAGUGAAACAAGCUCAGGAUCGGACGAUGACAAAAAAAGAAAGCGAAAGAAAAAGAAGAAGGAAAAGGAAUCAAAAAAAAAAACAGAAAAGAAAUUGGACCGUUUAAAGGAUGAAGACGAUGAUGCUGAAGCAGAAGGUCAGCUACAUCCGCUUGUAUCUGUUUCUAAUAUCGAUCCUGAAGAAAUACCAGCUGGACCACCAAAUAGAUUUUUGUCUCGAGGUGGUCCUUCAUCGAUGUUUCUUAUGAAACCUCAAAAGGAUAAUGAUGAUAGACCAAAGAAAAGAAACAGAAUUCGUGGUGUUACAAAAUCUGGCCGUAUUGUUAAAGGUCGUGGAACUCUCAGAUUUCGAACCCCAUCUCGUAGCAGGUCUAGAAGUUACACUCCACCCCAUUGGAGACAAGAACAAAAAAAAAUGAUAACUUUCAAUGAAUUUGAAAAAAUGGAGAUUGAACGUAAAGAAAAAGAAGAAGAAAUUAAAAGACGUGAAGAGGCCAGAAAAAAGAGGCAUGAAGAAAAAGAAAAACGCGAGAAAGGUAAAAAUGGACAAACACCUCCAGGAUCCCCACCUAAGGGUUCUGAGAAACAAAAUGACAAAAUUGAAAUCGACAUGAUGGCUAAAAUUGAAGAUGUAUUUCAAAUAAUACGUGAUCGCAACAUGAAAAAUGGUUCAGAUAACCAUGAUAAUAAAAAAGUUGACCAACGUUUAAGUGAUAUAAAAAAAAAAAGUAAAGGAGAAAAUAGAGAAAAGUUCCAAAAAAUGGAAAAGAAAUUUGAGAGACGUUCUAGGAGCCGCUCACCAAAACGCCGUUUUAAUGACAAAUUUCGUCGAGAUCGAGUUCAAAGAGAUGGAAAUAGAUAUCAUAAAGAUAAUAGAUAUGACAAUAAAUACAUACAAGGAGGACAAAGAAAUCGUUCUAGAGAUAGAGAACAUUUUGACAAGAAAAAGAAGAACCAUCGGCGAUCAAGCUCUAGUUCUUCGGAAGAUCAUAAAAAUAAAAAAAAAAUCAAGAAUGAAAAUAGUUUUAGUUUAUCACCUGAAGUUAAAGAUUAA